AUGGCUUGCGCAAGGCCGAUGGUCCGUUUUACAUUUUUUCCUGUGGCCGCCAUUCUCGCCUCGAGUAUCGCUGGAGGUUCCGUCAUCGUCAUAAUUCUCGCCAUCGCCGUCAUUUCCGCCAUCGCUGUCGUCGCUCACUGCCUUUACUGCGACAACUUACCGCACAUAAUUCAGGGCACCUCCGAUCUUGAAAGGCUGCAUGUCACAACCCAGAUCAUGCUUGUUCGCUCCAAUGCCGACGGCGCUUGA